UUGGUGGUAAUCCAGCAGAGACUCGAUACCUUUUUCUUGGUGAUUACGUCGACAGAGGAUAUUUUUCUAUUGAGUGUGUUCUUUAUUUAUGGGCAUUAAAGAUAUGGUACCCUAAUACAUUAUUCUUGUUGCGUGGUAACCAUGAAUGUCGUCAUUUGACGGAUUAUUUUACAUUUAAAUUGGAAUGUAAACAUAAAUAUUCCGAGAAAGUUUAUGACGCUUGUAUGGAGUCUUUUUGUGCACUUCCACUCGCUGCCAUAAUGAAUAAACAAUUUCUAUGCAUUCAUGGUGGCCUAUCACCAGAUCUGAAUACUUUGGAUGAUUUACGUGAAAUCGAGAGAUUCCGAGAACCGCCAACACAUGGGUUAAUGUGCGAUUUGUUAUGGGCUGAUCCACUAGAAGAAUUUGGACAAGAAAAAACAAAUGAAUGUUUUGUACAUAAUCAUGUUCGGGGUUACCAUGCCGCUUGUAACUUUUUGGAAAAGAAUGGAUUAUUGUCAAUUAUUCGCGCACAUGAAGCUCAAGAUGCAGGGUACCGAAUGUAUCGUAAGACAAAGACCACUGGUUUUCCGUCCGUUAUGACAAUUUUUUCGGCACCUAAUUAUUUAGACGUAUAUAAUAAUAAAGCUGCUGUGUUAAAAUAUGAGAACAAUGUCAUGAAUAUUCGCCAGUUCAAUUAUACGCCUCAUCCCUAUUGGUUACCAAAUUUUAUGGAUGUAUUCACUUGGUCUUUACCUUUUGUGGGUGAAAAGAUUACGGACAUGCUCCUUGCUAUCUUAAAUAUCUGUAGUAAAGAGGAAUUGCUAGAUGAAGAGCUUGUAGAUGAAGAGAAAUCAACAGAUUAUGUUUCAGAGAUAACGCCAGCUGACGGAGCAGAAAGGCGCCAAAUUAUCAAAAGUAAGAUUUUGGCAGUUGGUAAAAUGGCUAGAGUAUUUUCCGUUCUUAGAGAAGAAUCAGAGCGUGUUAUGGAAUUAAAGAACGUCACUGGUACUGGUAAAUUGCCUUAUGGUACUUUAGCUUUGGGUGCUGAGGGAAUCAAACAAGCCAUAACCUCUUUCGAAGAUGCGCGUCGAUCUGAUCUCGAAAACGAACGUUUGCCACCGACUCGAGAAAAAGUGAGCGCGGAUGAGCAAGCCAAAAAAAAGGCCGCUAUCGAAGAAGCUAUUCAAGAAGUUGAUAAAGAUGAAGCACUUGCAGAAGUCGCAGAAAUUUUUAUCAAAGAGGAUGAAAAGAGAAGAAGCUUGAAAGAACCACUUGUUCUUAAUACUGUUAAUACUUAA